CUUCCGCCUCCCUCCCUCGUCGCAGCUCUACCAAGCCAAGCAAAAACCCAAAUCCCCCCACCUCGAAUUCGCCCGGUUCCACGCGCCCCCGCCGGAGAUCGCCCCACGGGACGCCGAUUCGGCCCCCGGGAUACGCGAUCCUCUGAAGAAUUCUCGUCUCCGGAGGUGUAGGGUAGGGGGGUUGUGAGGUUUGUGGAGGUUUCUUGGGUUUGGGGGAUGGGGGAGGGGGUGAAGGCGAUGCUGGGGCGGCCGAUCCAGCUCGCCGACGAGGUCGCCAAGCAGUGCGGCGCCGCGCGGUGCUUCCGGGCGGAGUGCGCCGAGCUCAAGGCCCGGGCGGACAAGCUCGCCGCGCUGCUCCGCCAGGCGGCGCGCGCCGACCUGUACGACCGCCCCGCCGCGCGCAUCAUGGUCGGGGCGCAGCAGGCGCUCGUCAAGGCGUCCUCCCUCGCCGCGCGCUGCGCCAGCGGCCACCCGCGCCUCAGGCGGCUCUUCACGCUCAGCCCCGCGGCGGGCUUCCCGCGCACGCUCGCGCUGCUCGACACGGCGCUCGAGGACGUCGCCUGGCUGCUCCGCAUCUCCUCGCCGCACGCCGGCGGGGGCGCCGACGGCGACGACUGGGACGGCGACGCCGACCUGCGGGGGCUCCCCAACAUCGCGCAGAACGAGCCCAUACUGUUCCUCAUCUGGGACCACGUCGCGCGCCUGCACACCGGUGGCCUCGCCGCGCGCGCCGACUCCGCCGCCAACCUCGCCUCCCUCGCCCGCGACAGCCACCACUUCGCUAAGCUCAUCAUCGAGGAGGACGGCGUCCCGCCGCUGCUCAGGCUGCUCAAGGAGGGCACCGACGAUGGCCAGGAAGCCGCCGCCCGCGCGCUUGGCCUGCUCGGCCGCGACGACGAGAGCGUCGAAAAGCUAGUACAGGCCGGGGUGUGCUCCGUCUUCGCCGCCGCGCUCAAGGACCCACCGAUGCGCGUGCAGGCUGCCGUCGCCGAUGCCAUCGCUACCCUCGCUGGCCAGAGCACCACGUGCCAGGAGCUCUUUGCGCAGAACAACGCCGUCCGCUACCUCGUGGGUCACCUCGCGUCAGGAACCAUCCAGGAGCACAGCAGGUACGCUGUUGGCUCCAACAGCUCCAAGAACAGCGCAGCUGCCCCUCAGCAGAUGACGUCGCUCCACUCGGUAGUGCUCGCGAAGACGCUCAGCAUGCGCCAUGGCGGUGAUCGUAGCACCUCAUCCACAGAGGACCCUCCAAGGGUUUACAAUGAACAAGAUCCAAAAAGGAAUCAGAUGCAAUCGGUGGUGCAAUCCGCGAUGGCUGCUAAGACAAAGACGAAUGGGUCAUUGGUUCCACCCUUCAGGCCACAGUUGGGCACGAGCGGCUCAAGUGGCCGUGGUGCUGUUCGGGAGGUAGAGGACCCUGAGACCAAGGCACGUCUGAAGGCUAUGGCAGCAAAAGCUUUGUGGAAGCUCGCCCGUGGUCAUCUUGAUGUCUGCAAGAGCAUUACUGAUUCGCGUGCACUGCUGUGUUUCGCGGUGCUUCUUGAGAAGGGUGAUGGUGACAUGGGUACUCAUGUGCAGUACUACUCAGCAAUGGCAAUCAUGGAAAUUUCCCGAGUCGCCGAGCACAGCCUUGCGCUGCGGCAGUCGGCAUUCAAGCCUAGCUCUCCAGCAGCUAAAGCUGUCGUUGACCAGCUGCUUCACAUUGUCGAAAAGGGUGUCUUUGAUGAUCUCUUGCUCCCUUGCAUUACUGCCCUUGGCUGCCUUGCACGCACUUUCACAGCGAGUGAGAACCGCGUGAUCCGCCCCCUUGUGGAGCUGCUUGAUGAGCGUGAGCCACCAGUUAUUAAGGAAGCCGUGGUUGCACUCACCAAGUUCGCAUGCAAUGAAAACCACUUACAUGUAAACCACUGCAAGGCCAUUGUCGAUGGCGCUGGAGCUCGCCACCUUGUCCAGCUGGUGUAUCUCGGUGAUGAGGUGCAGAUAGAGGCACUGAUACUGCUCUGUUUCAUUGCAUUGCAUGUGCCAGAAAGUGAGGAGCUGGCUCAAGCAGGUGUGCUUGCUGUGCUUCUAUGGGCAUCAAAACAGGCUCACAUGAUACAGGACAUGCGUGUUGAUUCACUACUUUCAGAUGCCAAGGGGAGGCUGGAACUCUUCCAGUCCAGAGCCUCCAGGUGAUUUUGGCAGCAAGACCAGCAAAACAUGGGUUAGUAAUUUCUUUGCUACAACGUGUAACUAGGGUAGAUUUUUUUUUUUCUGUUGUUCAUCAUUGUUCUAGCGGAGUUUUGUUACUCCGUAGAUUGUACAAAUCUCUAGCAAUCAAUCUGUUAGAAAAAUUGGUUGGGGUUAUUGAAUUGUAAUCCAAGAUGCGUUUAUAAAAGAUUAUAUAUGUACCUGUAAAGUUGGUCAAGAAAUUUUGUUGUACUUGUUUGUUGGGAUUGAUCUUCUUGUUACUU